GUUUAGCUUCAUAUUAAACAUUGCAUUUUAGGUUUUUAAAAUUACACUGAAAUUGGAGGUCGUUCUUAUUUCCCUUUUCACAAAUGUACAGGAUUAACCUAAAGCACAUUUGUGUUGUAAUUCACUCCAGGAGGCCCUAGGCCCACAGUGGGGAGCUUUGUAGUAUUUGCAUCCCAAAAGAUAAUACUCGAAUUUUAAAAGAAUGUUUAAGUGGAGCACUUGACAUUCCUCACUGUGUUUUGAGUCCCUGCUUCUUUAGGUAGUUUUUUUGUUUUUAUUAUUGUCCUUUAUUCCAGUCUUGUGAAUCUGUCCAAAUAUUUAUAAGCCCACGCACAUUUUCUUGCGGCCACCGUCUCCUCUGGCGGCCCACUGCUGGGUAAAUGACUGUUCUUACUUGUGCAGCAGCACGCGUUUAUAGCGUUGUCGAGACCUCUGGCUCUUCCUCUGGCUGGUUUCGGCUACAGCUGGAGUGUUUUACAAGUUUCAAAUUCUGAACCUGGUAGGGGGCAGCCUUCCUCUGUAAAAUGAACGUUAACCAGUAGGGACUUUAGGGUAACAUUCAUUCAUUUGUUCACUUAUUAAACAUUUACUAACAAUAUGCCUGGCACUGUGCUGGGGUGUGAGCAUGAAAACACAGCACACAAAGUUCUGUGCUCCGGAAGCUCACACUUGGGUCAAGGUGGCUGGUAAGUAAACAGUUACAGUAGGGAAGUUUAAGUGAAGAAGGGUGAUCAUAUAAUUUCUAGUCCAAACCGGGACACUUUUUAAAAGUAAAGUAGGUUGAACUGUGCACUUAAAAAUGGUUAAGGUGGUAAUUUUAUGUUAUGUGUUUUUUAUGACAAUUAAAAGAAAAGUGAAGGUAGGUGCUGUUAAUAUUUAGGCCCAGAGAACAGAUAUAAAUCAGGGCAGUCCUAGGCAAACCAGAUGAAUGGACAACCUAAGGAAGAGCUAUAGCAGAAGGAUGAGAGGGAGCCUGGAGGAGGCAGGGGAGAAUGACAGGGGGGUGAGAGAACACUGCACCUUACUCUCCUCUCUAAAAUGGGGAUCGCUACAGCACCUGAUUCAUAGGGCUUUUUACGAGGAUUCAGUGAGCUAAUUCAAGCUCUUGGAAUACUGCCUGGGAAUUAAGCAUUUUUUUUAGUCUCUUCACCCAUUUUUCAGUAGUCUCCUGUGAAUUUCCUUGGUUGUAGAUGUUAUUUUGCGUGUGUUUUUUACGCAGUAGCCUCUCAACAGAUGUUUGUGGUUUAACCUUACAGACCUCAUCAUACUCUCAUCAGUGAAUACCACUCAUCUUUCCAGCACACCACAUGUUAGAAUGCACAUCCUGUGAACAUUUGGAACCUACCUUAUUUCUAACUUUUUCUCAUUCCCUCUAGAAAUUCUGGAUAUUCUCUGGUUCCUGCCCUGCUAGUCUUGUGGUUGUUUCUGUCUUUCCACAGCUGGCAGUUACUAUAGACAGCUCUUUUUAAAGGUAUGGGUCCUUUUUUAAUCUCUGGAAGUAAUUUCUUCACUGCCUCUCCCCCUGCCCCCCAGGUUUUAAAAUAAAAGGGCAGAAUAAAGAGACGUAAUUAAAUGUGCUCCCCCUGUUGCCUACUGUUCCUUUCAAGAGCUGUCUUUGAACUGAUUGAACCCUAUUUUGAGACAAUGUGCUAAAAGAUGAAAGAUUAGAGAAAAGAUCAGGUUGGGAGAAACCGAUAUAUGGUAGAAUGGUUUCAUUUAAUCAGAGGCUUCUCCAGGCACACGCUUUUCUUGGGGUGAUUAUGGACAGGUUACUGCUCGAGUCUGAUACAAUGAAUUUGCUAAAAGCAGGAGUUCUGAUUUCAUCCCAGAUACUCUAACCCUAUGUCUCAGGCCUUGCCUGAUUAUUUAUAGUUUUGUUCCCAAGAACUGUGGUGUGAGCCCUCGCUCUUGGACUUUCGUGACUCCUGAUUUGCUUGUUCUGGUUCCAGUCAUCGCUGGGAGUGGCAAGAAUCUUGUGUGUUGGGAUCUUGAUGUGACUGCAUUAGGCCAUCUAAACUCUGCUUAUUUUACUCUAAUUUAGCAUGUGCUCAACAAAUAUUAGUUGAGUUCCUGACUCUGUAUCAGGCACUAUUCUAGGCAGGGGAUAAUAUUAGCAAACAAAACAAAGAUCUCUGCCAUUGUGGAGCUUAUAUUCCUGUGUGGAGAAAUAAACAAUAAUUAUAGCGGGUAAGUAAAGAGUGUGUUAGAAGGUGAUAAGCACUGUGGGGAAAAAACACAGAGCAGGGUAAAAAGACUGGGAAUGCAAGUAUGGGAUGGGGGAAGGGAUGUUUCCAAUUUUUAAAAGGAAAUGGCCAACAUGGUCCUCACUGAGAAGGUGACACUUGAAUCCAGUCUGGAAGGGUGAGGGGGUUAGCCAUGGCGCUAUCUGGGCACAAGUCUUCUUGGCGGAGGGAACAGCUGAUACAAAGCCCCUGUGGCAGGAAUGGCCCUGGUGUUCAUCAGGGAAGCCAGUGUGGCUGGGAGGAGAGUCCUAGGAGACGAGGUCAGGGGGAUUGUCACGAUGAAAUAUUUCAUUGUAGACCAUUGUGAUGAUGUUGCCUUUUACUCUGGUAAAAUGGGGAGCCAAGGCAGGAUUUUGAUUAGAGGAAUGACAAGAUUUAACUUGUUUUAAUAGUAUCAGUGACUCUUGUGAGAGAGUCAACCAGGUCCAGGGUAGGAGUGAGUGAGGACAGAAGCUGGAGGACCAGUUAGGAGGGCAUCGCAGCGGGAGAGGUGCUGGUGGCUUUGAACAGGAUGAUGGUGGUAGAGGUACUGAGUGGUAGGGAUCUGGGUAUAUACUUUCAUAAUUCAAACUUAGCUGUUUCUAGUUAAGUACAUUAUGACUAAAUGGCACUUUAGCCACACACCUUCCUAGUAUUGGUAUGAUGGUUUUCUCCUCUAUUAAGCAUGCAUGUGUAUAGAAUUUGUUUGUCUAAGUAUUUGGAGUGCAAGACUUGUAUUUCUGGAAAGAAUGUAGCUAUCCUUUAGGCCCAGUUAUGUAAUAAAAGAGGAAAAAUGUAUCUGUUUAUCUUAAAAGUAAUAAUCCUUUAAAGAAACAGAUAAAUACUUAUAAUAUACAAAGCAAAAUUGUUUCAUCCCAUAGCAACCACCACUAAAAUUUGAUACCUUUUCUUAAUGAGUCAAUUAAAAUAUUCCUCAAUUUGGAGGGUUUCAGAAGUUCAGUACAAAAAUGGCAGUCAUUUAUAGAAUAAAUAUCUCUGGACUUGAGAGCUAAGCAAAAAAUAAUACUGAGGCCAACUGAAAUCAUGUGGAAUUCAGCCAAGAGUAACCAGCUCAGAGUGCAGCCAGCCCUGACUGAGGGCAGAAUGCUGACAGGGCAGGGCCGAGAUGCAGCCAGGACUGCGAAAAGGAAACUGGUAUCAACGGAGGGAAUUUUCACCUGGACAGUUCGUGUAUGGUUAAAGAGAGACAGUGGACAAUAUUGGCCAAGCAUAUACCAUGCAAUGCCUUCUCCAUGUUCAUGCAUGUCUUUUAACCCGGAAACAAGAAGACUGUCCAUAGGUCUAGACAAUGGUACAAUCUCAGAGUUUAUUUUAUCAGAAGAUUAUAACAAGAUGACUCCUGUGAAAAACUAUCAAGCGCAUCAGAGCAGAGUGACGAUGAUCCUGUUUGUGCUGGAGCUGGAGUGGGUGCUGAGCACGGGACAGGACAAGCAGUUUGCCUGGCACUGCUCUGAGAGUGGGCAUCGCCUGGGAGGUUAUCGCACCAGUGCUGUGGCCUCAGGCCUGCAAUUUGAUGUUGAAACCCGGCAUGUGUUUAUUGGUGACCACUCAGGCCAAGUAACCAUCCUCAAACUGGAGCAAGAAAACUGCAGCCUGGUCACAACAUUCAGAGGACAUACAGGUGGGGUGACUGCUCUCUGUUGGGACCCCGUCCAGCGAGUGUUGUUCUCGGGCAGCUCAGAUCACUCUGUAAUCAUGUGGGACAUCGGUGGGAGAAAAGGAACAGCCAUCGAGCUCCAAGGACACAAUGACAAAGUCCAGGCCCUCUCCUAUGCACAGCACACACGGCAGCUCAUCUCCUGUGGUGGUGAUGGUGGGAUUGUCGUCUGGAACAUGGACGUGGAGAGGCAGGAGACCCCUGAAUGGUUGGACAGUGAUUCCUGCCAAAAGUGUGAUCAGCCGUUCUUCUGGAACUUCAAGCAAAUGUGGGACAGUAAGAAAAUUGGCCUAAGACAGCACCAUUGCCGCAAGUGCGGGAAGGCUGUGUGCGGCAAGUGCAGCUCCAAGCGCUCCUCCAUCCCUCUGAUGGGCUUUGAGUUUGAAGUGAGAGUCUGCGACAGCUGCCACGAGGCCAUCACAGAUGAAGAACGUGCGCCCACAGCUACCUUCCAUGACAGUAAGCAUAACAUUGUGCAUGUGCAUUUUGAUGCAACCAGAGGAUGGUUACUGACUUCUGGAACUGACAAGGUUAUUAAGUUGUGGGAUAUGACCCCAGUGGUGUCUUGAUGACGCUCUCAGGCAUCAGAAAGAGAGUAUUUACUCAAGAAACGGUUGUUCUAAUCCCAAUCCUUACUGGAGCUGUAAAGCAGACGUGUGAGAAGUAAGAGAGAAACUAGAACCGGGCAGAGUCGGUGUAUUUCCUGCACACACGGUGGUGAGCUAGUGAGUGAACACUGGCGAGGGGACUCUUUCAACUUGUUCAUACAAUAUCAAAGAAGAUAUUUUUUUAACAAAUGGUUUAUACAGUCUGGCUGUGCUACAUUGUUUUGAGUAUACUGAAAGCUCUGUGUGGGGUGUUUAAUUUUUAUAUUUUUCAACACUUCAUUUUAGUUGUUGCUUUGCGUGUGGGAGAAAUGUUCGGGGUAUUUGGGGUCAUUAUAAAGUAGUUUCCAUGUUCUCUUCACUUCGGCGCAUAUUAUGUGGUCAGCAUCUUUUUCUUCUCUAUGUGUCUACCCCCACGUUCCUCUGCUGCUAACCAGAGUGUAUGUAUUUACACUGUUUAUUCGCAGUGUUUCUUUCGCAGUGCUUUCAUAGAAAUCCUCUUCAGUUGAGAGAUGUGGAAAACCAUAGAUUUACCAACUGACUUCCUGAAUCACCUGAAGAAUGCUCCAUUCGUAAUGUCUAACUCAUUCAUGCUCUCAUUGAGCAGAAAUGACCUUGUGUUUCUGCCUCAGUUUUCUUUUUCGCAUGUUAAAAAAAUGUCGUGAGAGCUGCUGCCAACCAUUGUCAUCACAGGAGUAGAUUAUUAUAACUCAGAGCUUCAGCUGUCAGUGCCUGGAUCAUUUCUAAUUCACUUGGAGCCUUCUGAGUCUUUUAUGUUUUAAUUUUAUUGACACAUCUCUCCCUCGCUCAGAAUAUUAAAACAAAACAAAACGAAACACCAAAACUCUGUGUCCUUCCAAAAGAAAUGUCUUCAGGAUGUGUUUUUCCAUGUGGUGUCACCUCUGAACUUGAACAUGUUCCUUACUGCGAGAUUGUAUCCUGCUCUACUCCUCGCCAUCUGUAUUUUCUUCCCCUUUAAAAACUAGAUAUUUAAAGAUUUUUAUCUUAAUGUAUUUUAUCAGAACACUUUGCACACUUUCAUACUAAGCUGUGUGAUCUGAGACAUAAAAGGUACUGAAUCCUACAGCUCAUGCUGCGUUCCUGUUGGGAAUGUAAAAAAAGGGCUUUAGAAAAUGAACCUGAGGAACCUGAAUUUUAAGGGAAUUCAGUCAAACUUGAUAAAGCGGAAUAUUCUUGUGUGUAAAUGACUCAACUCGGGAUAUUGAAGUCCUUUUAAAAAAAUCUUAUUUUCACCUGUAAAAAUAGAGCUUAAAUUAGCAGCAGGCAUGUGCUGCGUGCCUGCCCCAUCCUAAGCACUUUACAUGUCCCAGCUCAUUCAACCCUCACCUGUUGGGAGCACUGGGGGAUCACUGAGUCUCUUGGGGAUCUCCAGGUUAAAUAAAGCCUUGCAGAUAAACAGGCCAAUUACUUGCCCUUCUUUCUCCAAGCCCUACCUCCUCAGUGUCUUAUUUGACAGUUUUUUGUGGUAGUAUUUGAAAUCCUCCCUAUUUUUUUUCUCUUUUCCUGGAAAGCAGUUUUUUCCCCUCGUGAUGAUUAAUUAUUUUUCUUUCUAACUGGGAGAAGUACUACCCACCAUACUUGGUUAGCACCCCUAACGCCGACCAAGUCUGCCUCCUGGGGAUGGGGCUUCCCAGAGAUGCUUCUGCUGCUGCAGCUUUGGGAAGCAGGACCAGCAGGUGUGCCCCCUGCUGCCAAGGUACAUGACAGCCAUCCCCUGAGAGAUCAGACCAGAUCAGCCCCUGUGACCGUACUCUAAGGUUGCGUGUGUGCAUGCACACACACACAGAAGCAAUUACCACGUGUCCCUUCCCCGCCCCUUCCGCACUGCCCUUGCUUGCCAUCAGUCGAAGCUAUUAAAACUAAUCUAAGUCUGUUCUGCAUGAUUGCUCUGUGAGAGAGCUUUAAAAAGGGAAUUAAAAUACUCAUAUAUCUAUUUUGCAGUUUACUACUAGAACCUGGAGCCACUUACUGAGUUGUACAUAGUAGAGAGCUAUGUGUUGGAAAUGAGUAAUAGAAAUGAAUCGCUCUGUUUUCCCUUCCUGAACUUUGGCGCACAGCCUGUACACAGACAGGGAAACACAGUGUCAGGGAGGCAGUAGAUGAGGUGCCCAGCCGCCUGACGUGGGUCUGGGUUGGGUCUAGGUGAGCUCAGACCCCAUUGGGGAAACUGAUUGUCCCCACUGGAUCACCUGUCUACACCGUGAUUGCUCUGGUCUGGGACCCUGCACUUCUCUCCAGCCAUCUCCCUCCCACCAUAGCUCCCCAGGCCACAGAGCCACUUAGAGGUUGAAACCACUUGACACCUCAUUGGUGAUGAGAGUCAUGAUCAAAAAACCACAGAUGUGUCAAGGUAUCCAUCACGCUGCCCUUAUCUUUCUCCUCAUCUGUGGGAGUGCUUGAAUUUGGAGAGAAGCGCUAAGCAAGCCAACUGUGUGUUUAUAAUACUGUGAAUUCUUGAGUUUUACAUUGAGUAUCUCCACCAUUUUUCUGACUCAGAGAGAGAUAUGUGCUGAUGUUGGAAUUGCACUUUACAUAAAUUUUGCUCUAUUACUUCAACAUACAGCAGCUCUGGCAAGUGAUGCCUAACGUGGCUACAUUGGGAAAGCGGCAAGACUGCACAGACCGCACACGUGGUUGUCCUUUAUUUGGUAGGAUAAGACCAAUCGCAUGCUCUCAGUUUCUCCAAAGAAAUGAUAUUGCUGCAACUUUAAACUGCCUGGAUGUGUCUCCACAGUAGCAAAAGUGGUUUUAGAUAAAAUACUUGGAAUCGUGUGUCUUUUUAUAUGAGGUCAAUCAACCAUGAUGUAUUUCUCAUUUGAUUGUUUGAAUUGUUCAAAGAAUCAUAAAAUCACAAAACUGGAAGGGAUCUUCAGAGAUGUAGGAUGUUCCAAGCACAAAACACUUUAGUCAUGCCAGGCAGUUAGAUAUAGCUGAGGUGUAAACAAGAGAAUCUAAAAGAAGAAUUUUCAAGGAACAGUUGUUUUUGAACAUUAGCUGGCAAUGGCAUGAGUGGGAGGAGAGACUUGCACUGCCUUGAGACAGGGAGCUCUCAGGAACCAGGUCUGCUCCUCUUAUCAUAAGCGAAUUUGACACUUCUUUUGGCCGCAGCCCUGUAGUUAGGAGUGUGUGGAUACUAUGCAAUGAGUCAAUUAUUGCAGGUCUUCCUCAGCAUUAACUCGUUCUUGUGGUCUUCCCCAGAGACCAUCCCAGUGGCAACAUUUAAGUGGAAAUCCAGGGGCACUGAAUGCACCCUACCCUGUUGUGUGAAGGCUGGCCUGGAGUGAGUCUCUGCGCCUGCAGCAUUUGCCCUUCUUAGGAACAUCACCUUCUCAUGUUUUGAGAUUCACUUUUUAAAAGUAUAAUUUAUUUUUGCUUAAAAAUCAAUUUUUAAACCUGAAUUUUGACUUCUAAGCAAAGGGAAAGCUCUAAACUAUGUAUCAAAGUUACUGGACAUAAGUAUUCAUCAAAUGAGAUUCCUUUGGUUUUGCUUUGUCGUAGUAGUUUAAUUGUAUGUAAGUGACCUUGUCCACCAAGAUUUAUAUUUUAAAGUCAAGCAAGAAUUUUGUCAAAACAUUCUUCUUUUUCUCUCCUUUAAAAUAAUGUUAACUUAAAUUUUUCCUGAUGUGGAAGUGGAUAUCCAGCAACCUGACUGAAAAACACAGAAAUUAAGUCCAUUUUGAACACUGAGUUUCCUAGUUGAUCCUUGAGAUUCUAGUCCAGUUCAACCAUUUGUUGAGUGCCCACCAUCUACCAGGCUUUGAACUAGGCCCUGGGAUGACGAGGUCCCUUCCCUGGUAUGGGCAGAGGGCAUGCAGAGAUCAUUUCAGUAUCACGUGGUAAAUUCAGUGAUGGAGGUAUGCGUGCGGUCCCGCAUGGGUGGGGCCAGAGGGGUUUCAUAGAGGCAAGGACUUCUGAGCUGCAUUGGAGUGAGUCAAGUAAGGGCGUGAUUUUCCAGGCUGCAGAAACAGCAUAAAUAAAGGCCCAAGAUCUAGCAUCAGCCUGGUGCUCAGGGACCACAAGUGGUCUGGAGUUGCCAGAGAAUAUCAAGCACUCAGCUGCAGUCCUGGAGCCUGAGCUCUUGUCACUGUGACGCUCGGAUGCUCAUGACCACGGAGAGGGCGGCAGCACACGGUCUGCCGUGACAGGUCCACUCAGAGGCUCAUUAGUUUGAGAGUCAUGUUUACCUACAGCUGAGGCUAGUAUCAGUUUCUUUUUCUUUGGAAGUACCUGGAAUUGUUAUCUUAAAAUGACCCAUGGUAACUAACUUUAAAACUUUCUGGGUGCAUAGCCCCUCACUCGAGGCCAUGAGGUAGAGCUAGCGAUCACUGCAUGCACACACUUGGCCUGGAAGAACUUACAUAAUAAUUCCACAAUUACACAGGUGAGCCAGGCUUAAGGCCUUGACCUGUGGCAGGGGAAGAUUGUUCUGGACAACUGUGGCCUUACACUAAUAAGCAGCAGCAGCCUUUUGGUACAUAAGCAGGCAGCUGCUGCCCUCCAUUUCUCUCUCGGCCUUAAAUCGUCCUUUCAAGUAAUGGGUCAUUUCAGUACCAAGUGGUAAAUGUGAUAAAUCCUCAUCACAGUGGCACUCGCCUAGUAGGUGGAAACAUUUUUCUCCAUUCGGUGUCAGUAAAAAGGCUCCGGCAGCCACUGCCUCAGAGACCUGGCUCUGCCAAGGCAGGGACAUCCCACCAUCCCCCCUCAGGGCUUGGGCUUUCUGGUUCUUGCUAUUCCAUCCAUUUGCCUUUGUCUUUCACUAUUCAAGUAUCAUAUAUCCAUAACUUAAUUGAGGAACAUCCAUGUUUAUUUUUAAACUUUAGCUCAACUUUAUAACCAAGAACUAUAUACAUACCAACCCUCUGGGUUUUUAGUUUGUAUUUUUGCCUUUAAACGUUAUCAUUUCCACCAAGAGGCCUAACACAUGAAAGCAGUGUCUAAAAAUUAGAUCUGUCCGAAAUUGGAGUGGGAUUCCUCCUCUGUGUUUCCCAUACCAGGCAGUGUUUGAACACACAGCAGAAAGCCCCUCGUCAGAGAUGUGGGAAGGAGGUGACAGCUUGAAUAAGGGUUGACUUCGAUGAUUGUUCUUAAGAUCCCUUCCGAUCCUGUGAUCCUGUGAUUCCAUGAAUGUUGUUUAUUAUUGGACUGGCCUAAACCAUUACCAGCGAGCGACCCACAUGUGGCUGACUUCCUGGGAUACAUGAGAGCAUGUCGCAAUGCCUUUGUCUUCUGUCAUAUCUAGUAAGUUUCUUUCUGUAUUUUUCCAUCUAAAGCCUAGUAGGUUUGAAAAAGAUGGUGAACGUGGAAGUUAAUCAUGGUACCAUCUCUUUAAAAAUAGAUACCUCAAAAUGUUCACCUUUGUGAGUCAAAACAUGUAUCUGACUUUCUUGGGAGAGAAAGUGUCAGAGAACUGCAGGAUGGUUUAAACGUUAGAUAUAGAAUCUGACCUUGAUAUUUAUGAUUCUUUCCUCCUUUUUUUUUUCCUUGGUUCUCUGAGAAAUAUGAGAGAGUGAACUAUAACACAAAAAGGGAAAAUGGUUUGAAAAAAGUAUUUCACUUAUAUACACUUUUUUCCCCAUUUAAAUGGAUGUCAGCCUUAUAUCAGUAGCAUAUGCCCAUUUGAAGUAGGGACCAAAACACUUGUGUCACUGGUAACCAUUGUACUCUUGUAUAUUUGUGUUUUACGCCAUUUGCCUUGCUUUUUAAAUAACUUUUUUUCAAUGUACUGUCAUUUUCAAAAGAAAAUCUUAUAUGAAAAGUACAAAAACUGUUAUUAACUGGACAACAGGGAAGGUGCUAGCCCCACGUUCGUGCCUGCCUACCACCUUAUCCAUAACCAGGGACAUGGACUCUUCCAUGCUGCACGCCAUCCGUCGGCAGCCACAUCGGAGCCUGGCUGCAGCGGGCAUGUUACUUUAUCAAUAUCUUUUUCUUUCUUUUUGAAAUGAGAUUCCCCAAGGGGUCAGGCUGAGAAUGUAAUAAGCCCGAAGCUGGAACAGACUUCUCAGAUGUGGUUCUAGCUGGAUCCUCCCGGCAGUGCCAUGCUCUCUGCCACUGCGGUCCACAACCAGACCGAGCAGUCUGGAUAUUGACUUCCUGAAUGUGACUAGGUGGGAUUGAGCAAGAAUUUCUUACAAUGUUAAAAUGUCUGUAUCCAGUUCUACCCUCAAAUGCUGCUGAAUGUUGUGAAUGUUUUUAAACUCUGCUCACUUUCCCACUGAGCUUCCCUCUAACCGAAACCGUAUGUAGCCAUUACCAGUGUAAGACUCUCAAUGCAAAGCUGCCUCCAUGGUUUAAAAUAAAUCUCUGUGGAAACCUUCCUGCA